AUGUCCAAUAACGAAGAAACUAAAAACCCAUUCGACUUCACUGAGGCCGGGAAGAGGCCACGUGUUGAGGCCUACACUCAGAAGCCGGUUUUUACUGUCGGCGAGGGAGUUUAUCUACUCAAGGUCGACGGGAGCCGUGAGGGCCCUACCAUGGACGAAGAACAACCGAAACCCCCAAACUAUCAUGCUAUCUUAAUUGGCAUUGACGCAUACAUUGAUAGGCCUUUGAGAGGUUGCGUGCGCGACAUUCAGCACAUCAAGGAAUUGCUAGAAAGUCAGCGCAAUCCCAUGAUUCCCAUCGACAACAUUCACACCUUCACAGCAACUUGGAAUUGUGGCGACGGCCCUCACCUCAAGGGAGACCCCAAGUUCUGGCCCACAUACGACAACGUAACUCGGGAACUGCGAGAAACUACCUUUCGAGCACAAAAGGGUGAUCAUGUCUACAUCCAUUACUCAGGACAUGGAACGCGGUUCGAGGCCAGCAGCGAGUUUUCAAACCCGUCUGCUGGAGAUCUGGCUCUAGCUCUUCUCGGCGGGGAGAAUAGGGACGCUGAGAAGCCUCUCAGUGGCCACAGACUAGCACGGGCGCUCAAUGCUAUGGUGGAAAAAGGACUCAUUCUCACCUUGGUCCUCGAUUGCUGCUUUGCUGCGAGUUUCUACCGCAUUGGCCAUACCAAUGUCAGAUUCACGCCUCCGAGUUCAUAUUUCGCGUCGAACUCGCCAGUCGAAACAUCCGGCACCGAUCCCGGCGAUGAACCUCCCGUCUCGAAGUUUCGAGAUGUGUCCAUGCUGCCCUCUUGGAUGAUGAAUCCCAACGGCUACGCAGUUCUCGCCGCGUGUGGCCCCCACGAGGAGGCUACUGAAAUUGUACAAGACGGGAACCAUCACGGUGCACUGUCUCGGUUUUUAUAUCUGACUCUACAAGAAACGGGACUGGGCAAGCGACACAAAGAUAUCUACUACCGCCUCUGCUCCAGGUUUCGAGCAAGCCCCCUCAAACAGAACCCUGCGCUGUACGGAAACAAAGAUCAGGGAUUUUUCGGCCAGGAUAACUCGGCAAACUCACCAACUAUUCCAGUUGUACAAACAGGAAACCAUCUUAUCCUUCAGGCUGGUCGGGCACAUGGAAUUGCAGAGGGCGACGACUUCAUUCUGUACCCCUCGAGAGAAGCCAACCAAGCUGCAGAAUCUCAAAACAACACCACGGUUGCUACUGCUACGCAGAUACAGCCACUGACAUCGGCGUUGGUUUUGGAGCAAGCUCUUACCUCGCCGGGUCAGGAGUACUUGAUUGCAGAACCUCAAACUCGCCGCCACCUCCAGGAUUAUGCGGUAACCUUCGACCCAGACGUUGUUAAUAGGGACGAGGGACUAUCGAUCCUUUACAAGCGCUCUUUUCUAGACCAUGGCAGCACGAAUGGUCACUCUUUAUCAUUUUCCGUCACGGCGAUUGACGGCGAGUACAAGAUAUCGGGCAGCCCCGGCCUAGAAGUAAGGCAUUUGCCUAUUAUGCGACAAGACUCCACCAGCCCGGAUGACAUUCUCGCCGUUUUGGCACAUUUGGCAAAAUACGAAUUCGUCAAGAACAUUUCGAAUGCCUCUACCGCUGAUGACUUUCGCUCCUCCAUCGACGUCAACAUCACCACCAGGAUGGGUAACGCUUUCGGCCCAGGCAGCGUCAUAGAUAUCGAGCAAGACGGCACCAGGGGGUACAUGUUUGAGGUGAAGGCAGAAAAUAGGGGUACAAAGGAUCUCUACCUUCACGUCUUUGACCUUGGCCCUUCGUGGCAGAUCGAGAACAUCUUGCGUGGAAGCUUCGAAACGCUGCCGCCUGUGGACCAAAAUCGAGGAUUCUCAGGUCGAUUCUCCAAGAAACUAAGGACAGAGGUACCAAACGAAAUCAGGGACAGGGGUUUUAGGACAUGUGACGACGUACUCAAGGUUCUGGUGACGUCCCAGCCAACGUCUUUCGACCUCUUUGAGCUACCCAAGAUUGGACAAGUUGGUAAGAAGAAAUCUUCGACGCGGAAUGGGAAAACCGAGGACAAUGUUGCUCAAGAAUGGGCUGCUUUUAGCUUUCAUUUGCGUACCACUUUAAAGCUAGGAGUUAGUUAG